GAUGACCAUCUGGACAUGCAAAGCGUUGAACUUCUCAUUGAUUUCAAUUUUGUUGCUCUCCUCUUCUAUCUGGAGCAGUUGAGUUUCAUAAUUGAUGCCAACUCUGAUUUUCUAGUGGCUUCUGCUGUCAUGACAGCGUCAGAUGAGCAACAGCAUUCCCUACUUCUUGAUUCGAGAACCACUCAGGAGGGCUUGAAGAAGCUGCCGAAAGCAUGUCAGUAG